UGAACAGGCGUAUCCUAGGGCACAACUCAUCCCUACUGGAUUGUGUUGCUCCUCUCCGAGUUUAGCCAGCUGUCAGCUUCCUUCGGCCUUCAAUGUCUUUUGUUUUAUUUACUAACUGUUAGAUAUUCACGUCCAGUAUUCAUCAAAAUGCCAAAAGGAGGUCGGAAAGGGAGCCACAAGGGUCGCAUGAGGACCUACACAAGUCCAGAGGAGAUUGACGCCCAGAUGAAGGCGGAGAAGGAGAGGAAGACGGAUGAGGAAGAGGGUGCAGCUCAGAAUGACGUUACCGAGAAGUUACAAGCGUCAGGGUCAGAGGAUAGUGAUGAUGACGGUUCACAGAGGAAGAGAGUAGGUGUGGAGGGCUUGAUAGAAAUUGAGAACCCAAACAGAAUUGCUCAGAAGUCCAAGAAGGUGACACACAUCGAGUUAGAUGAGCCCAAGCAGUUGUCAAGGAGAGAAAGAGAGGAAAUUGAGAAGCAGAAAGCAAAGGAGCGCUACAUGAAGAUGCAUCUCGCAGGAAAGACAGACCAGGCUAAAGCUGACCUCGCCCGCCUCGCCAUCAUCAAGAAACAGAGAGAGGAGGCAGCGAGAAAGAAAGAGGGAGAGAAAAAAGCUAAAGAGGCAAAAGAAGCAGCAGCAGCAGCGGCGAAAGGAUUAAAUUCCCUCUCACUGAAAUGACGCAGAGUAUUUAUCAGAACCAUUUCCCCGUUUUUGUGGACUGACGCAAUAUGAAUUAGACUAUUUUGAAAGGGGGAAAAAAGUGCUAUGAACAGUAUUUACCUUACCGGUGGUGCAUUUUGGCAUGGAAUAACGGCCAUAUUGGUAAAGCUCCAGCUGGGUUGCACACAAUUAGAAUGAAGCUAUGAGGUUUUACAUGAAAUGGAUCACACUUAUCAUUUUACGAUGACCAUUUUGCUUAUUGAGCAUCGGCACUGUUUUCUUUGGGUUUUACACUGUAUAUAACUGAGUCAUGAAAAUAUUUCAGAUUAAUACGAUAAAAAUGUUGAAACAUU